GCACUACCCCACCCAAUUCCCCCCCACACCACCUACGCCAUGCCAGUGAGGCUGCCACACUGCAUACUCCGGCGUCCACCACCAGCCAUCUGCCGUCCAUGUUGGUGACGCUGGUCUUAUUCCAUACAGAGAAGUUUUAGGAUUGAUUUGUCUCUUUAAUUUCAGCAGCUCGCACAAUUAGAAAAUUUAACAGAGCUUCACCAACCUAGACCCCCUCUCCAAAUCCCCUGCCGUAUAACCCAACCCAAAAUCCUCCAGUAUGAAAAAUGGAGAAGAUGCAAUCGAUCCUAACUUAACGAACAACAAGCUCCUGGCCACCCUACAAAUCAGCAAACACGCCUCAAACUUCAAUCGGAUCUCUGUCGAACCUUUGUAGAUCUAGAUAAUGGAUACGUCACCACGUCAUCUGCUUCUUGCCCGGGAUUGAGUUGUCAUUUCCGCUUCUCGGAUCUGUGAAAGAAGAUCUUGGCAAGGUGAGAUAUAGUCGAAGAAAAAGACCUGGAGGAAGAGAAAAGUAAGCAUUGAAGAAGAAGAUUAAUUAGGAGGCGAAGAGAGAGAACUGGUAGAAGAACAGAAUUGUAGAGAGAAUCUUCUUCUUCUUCGCAUAGAACAAGCCUUUUGGCUCCACGCCUCCACAAUUGUGCAAAGGUUACAACACGCAGCUGAACAUGGAUGGCAGCUCUUCUCCAAAUGGAUGUGCUGGCGGCGCCAUCCUCAGUGACCAGAUGAGUCUGACAGCGGAUUCCCCGGCUCACUCGUCAAGCAGUGAUGAUUUUGCAGCCUUCUUAGAUGCAGAGUUGGACACCGCUUCUGGUACAUCAUCAGAGCUGGAAGAGGAGACAGAAGAGGAGAAGGAUGACGAAGAGCAAGAUGAAAAUAAUGAUCCAGGAGAAGAUGGUGACCCUAAGAACAGUUCAAAUUCUGCUAGGGUAAAAAGGCGCAAGGUAGGAAACUACAUCGGUUCAGGGGAUCCACAUGGAAGCUCAAGAUCUCGUGGAGAACGAGGAGGUGUUUCAGUUGAAAUGGAAAUGUGUACACACCCAGGUGUGAUAGGCGGGAUGUGUAUACGGUGUGGGCAACAUUUAGAAAAUGAAUCUGGCGUGUCUUUUGGCUACAUUCAUAGGAAUUUAAGGCUCGCUUCUGAUGAGGUUGCUAGACUACGUGAAAAAGACUUGAAGAACCUGCUGCAGCGAAAAAAACUUUACUUGGUUCUUGAUCUAGAUCACACACUGCUAAAUUCUACUAGGCUCUUUGACAUUUUGGCUGAAGAAGAAUACCUAAAAGAUGCCAUUCCUGAUGCUUUGAAAGGCAGCUUUUUUAGGCUGGACAGGAUUCACAUGAUGACAAAGUUGAGGCCAUAUGUGUACAAUUUUCUGAAAGAAGCCAGUGAGUUAUUUGAGAUGUAUAUAUAUACUAUGGGUGAACGCCCAUAUGCACUGGAAAUGGCAAAAUUGUUGGACCCUAGAGAUGUGUACUUCCAUUCGAAAGUGAUUGCACAAGGAGAUUCAACACAGAGACAUUUAAAAGGGCUUGAUAUUGUUUUAGGACAAGAAAGUUCUGUCCUAAUCCUUGAUGAUACUGAAGCAGUAUGGGGAAAGCACAAAGAGAAUCUAAUACUUGUGGAAAGAUAUCAUUUUUUUUCUUCAAGUGUUCGGCAAUUCGGCUUUGAUUGUAAAUCACUUUCACAACGUCAGAUUGAUGAAAGCGAAGAGGAAGGAGCACUUGUGGCCAUUCUUAAAAUUCUUAAACAGAUCCACAGUCUUUUCUUUGACCUGAAACAGGGAGAUGAUCUGCUAAAGUCUGAUGUGAGAGAGGUGCUAAAAGGAGUCCGGAAGGAAGUGCUGAAAGGUUGCAAAAUUGUUUUCAGCCGGGUCUUCCCAAAUAACAUCCAGGCAGAGAAGCAUCACCUUUGGAGAAUUGCUGAGCAGCUUGGAGCUACAUGCUCAAUUGAAGUAGACGAAUCCGUGACACAUGUGGUCUCAAUGGAUGCUGGGACUGAAAAGUCACGCUGGGCACGUCAGAACAAAAAGUUCCUAGUCCAUCCAAAGUGGAUCGAAGCUGCCAACUAUCGGUUUGAAAGGAAACCUGAGAAGGAUUUUCCAGUAGCAGUUCCCGAAGUGGCAAGUAGUUAAUCACUUCUAUACUGGGUUAGAUGCAUGCUUACUAUGUUAUGUGCAUUACGCUCCGCAACUAAUAGCUACUUCCGGUCAGAUCUUGGUUGGCUUACACGAAAGCCGAGCUCCCCCCAACCCCCACCCUGCCCCCCCCCCCACUUCCAUUCGGUUGAUGCUGUUAUGUUUUACAUGGGUUUAGCAGCUUAACAAAGCAACAUGAUUUUG